UAUAUAUAUAUAUAUAUAUAUAUAUAUAUUGUACUCAUAUAUAUAUUUAUUCUCUCUCUGUGAACUUGCGUGAACUUGUAUUUAUGAUAAAAUUAUCGAUGACAUUGCCAGUGUCGAGUACAACGCGAGCGCUUUAAACAAUUUCUGUAAAUAUACUAACAAAAAGCGCCGUUCGCUCUUCUAAAUUAUUAAAUGAGACGUAAAAAGUGACACGAUUCUUGAAAUUCUGUACUUGUUAAAUGGCUAAAUUAAGCGAAUUUUCGAAAUACUCGUACUUGUCUCCUACGGUUAAUAAAAUCGUAAGAUUAAUAUCAAUGACAAUUUAAUUUCCUUCGUACGUAUCCAAAUUUAUAUAUUAAAAAAAAAACUUAAUAUUUUUUAAACGCAUUAUUUCAAUAUUUCAUAUUUCGCGCUUCAAAAAAAAUCCCUCCAAACUGCUGACUAGUACACGAUGAUGCCUAAUUUGGCCAUACUGGAUUUGACUGCAAUUUCAAAUUCCAUAACGAUAUUUUGGCAAGUGGUGCGGUAUUAUUUCGCAAGUUCUCGUUUCUGCGAUUCUUGUGUGUAAAGCAGAGUUUUCUAAAAACUUUUCCGUAGUGGAGAAACAUGGUGAGAACAAAGGCGGACAGAGUACCUACAAAAGCUGUGGGUGGAAAAGCUCCUGGAAAAAUUCGCGCGGCUAAUCCUGGCAAAAGUAAUGGCAAAAAAAGUGCAGGAAAAAGCUCUGGAGGUGGAAAUCCUUAUCAUCCAAGGGAAACACCGGAAUGGCAGAAACCCAUCACUUCUUUUAUAAAUGUGGCUACUAGUUCAACGACAACUACUGACAACAAAAGCAAGGAUUCACAGGAAUCAGGAAUAGCAAAAGCAAAGGAAAAAAUUGAAAAUCAGGUUUCAAACUUUGAAGAUCCGAAUGCUGAGGAAGACUCAACGGAGGAAGAGGACGAUGAUGAGACUGAUUAAGAUAUUUUUGCACUCUUCUCUCUAAUAUUUUACUGUUAUAUUUUUAUUUAUUUUAACUAUCUCACUGUAUAUUUUCUUGUCAUUCACGUACUCAUAUGAUUUAAGACUUAAAGUAGUUAUAAUUAUAGAUAUUGUUACGUGCAGGUAAAAAUAUAAUAAGCUUCUCAUUCUUCUGUCGCAGAAUGGCAGUUGUGUUAAUUAUUGUAAUAAAUGUAAAAUUGUAAGUUAUCAGAUUAAAUAUGUAAACGGAAGUGUU